UUAAUACCAUUUUUACUAUAAAUGUAUCUUGUAUAGUGCAUAAGAGCAUUUACACGAAUGUCGUGGUACUUUGUUGUGGUUUAUUUCUGUUCUUAAAUGUGGUAAAAUACCCAAUAAAUAAGAAAAAACUUUAACCAACACCGCUCUUUCCGAAUUCGGGGUAAAAAAUAUGGGUCCUUUUUUAGAAAAAAACAAAUGAUCUUGAACACAAUCCUCAAAAUCAAAUACAAUGUCACCAAGUGAUGACCCCCGAUGACCUCAGCAACUUUUAUAGAAGUAAUUUCCUGAUAUCUCGCUGUCUUGACGAGUUGUUCAGAUGCACCCGGAAAAACAACUGACGGUCCCAAAUGCGGUUUGAAUGAGAGUUCCAGAGACAGUGGCUUUAUUUCAAACGAAAACUUACUGGUGUCUGAGGAAAUCGUGACCGAACAGAUGCAACCAACAUCAGAAAAUGCAGCUGAUUCAGGAACUGCGAGGGAAAAAGGAGGAGAUUCAAUAAGCGCGGAUCUCGACAGUUGUAUUUUCGAAAGUUUUUCCAAUAUGAGCAUCAAUGAUUUAAGCGAUAGAGAAAGUUCCGUUGAAUUUUGUGAAAGGUCCAAGUUAGAACCACAAGAACAUGUUGCGAAAGCUCCUGAUAUAUCCUGGAAGAUAUUUUACCAGCAGGAUGAUGAUGGCGAUACGUACCUCCACAUCGCAAUAGCAGAAGGAUUCGUGGACGUUGCCUUAGCGCUAAUAAGGGCCGUUCCACACCCCAGACUCCUAGACACGCCGAACGAUGACGCGCAGACCCCGUUACAUCUUGCCGUUAAAACUGCUCAAUGGAGGGUAGCUCGGUGGCUCGUGGUGGCUGGAGCACGGCCGUGUCCGAGGGACCUACAAGGCGAUUCGCCUCUACAUGUCGCUGCUAGACUGGGAGACGUCAAGAGCGUCAAAGCCAUCGCUGACCCGGUGAAGAAACAAGAAAAAGACACCCUCGCGUUCAACAGCAAAGGGUACAAAUAUCAGUGUUGCAACUUGGACCAAUGGAAUUAUUUAGGUGAAACUUGCGUUCACGUCGCUGCUUUACAGGGGCAUGUGGAGGUGCUGAGGCAACUGCUAUGGUACGGUGCGGAUAUAAAUGCCAGAGAGGGACGCACGGGGUACACAGCUUUACAUUACGCCGUUGAAAGAGGAGACGAGGCAGCAGUACAGUUCCUGUUACAAUGCGAAGGGCUUGACAGCGAAAUAGAAACGUAUGGGGGAUUAACCGCGUUCGAGAUUGACCCCUUACUUCCUACUGGCAUAAGUAAAGCACUGAAAAAGAGGGGAGUAACGUUUUCCUUCUUUAGCGAUGGAGAUGACGAUGACACCGACAGUGAAUAUAGUGGGGAUUAAUUUUCAAGGGGUUCCUACAAACGCCAGUCUCUAAGCUGUCACUAAACAACUGACAACGGAGAUCGGACGUCAAAAGUUGAAAUCGUGCAACAGAAUGCAGAAAAACACAGAACGGGGUUAGAUGGAGAGAUAGAACUGCCAUAACUUAAACAAAAUCUGUGAUUUCAAACCUGUUGUAAAUAAAUCUCAUUUUAGAAUUUUUUUUCCUACAAACUGAUUUUUUAUACGAAUUGUGUAUAUAGCAUCUAUAAUUUAACUUCUAAUUAGUAUCUUUUAAAUUAAAUGUAUAUAUUAGGUUAAAAUGUGACAUAAAAAGUGGUAAAUAUAGU